GGAUGAUUUGAUUUCUUCCCUGCCCGAAAUUACUCUUGCCCAGAUGCUGUGGAUAAUAUUCAUGUUGCUGUUAUUCAUCAGUUCCAUGGAAAUGCUCACGCAGAACCGAUGGAAGAAGCAAGUGAGCACCAGCCUGCUGGAGAACUGUACGGGCUGCGUUCUGUGCUCGGAGGACAAUGGCUGCAUCACCUGCCAUCACCGGCUCUUCCUGCUCAUCUGGAGGGACGGCAUCCGCCAGUACGGGAUGUGUGUCCAUACCUGCCCCCCCGGCUACUUCGGUGUGCGGGGACUGGAGGUCAACAGAUGCACAAAGUGCAGGUCGCCCAGCUGCGAGAGCUGCUUCAGCAGAGACUUCUGCAUGAAGUGCAAAGACAAGUUUUACUUGCACAAGGGCCAGUGUUUUCGGCAGUGCCCCCCUAGUACCACAGCGCAGCCCAGCACCCGUGAGUGCCAAG